AAUGUCUUCCUGAUCAUGGUCAAUGUCACUCGCGCCCCCGGGACGGCUCAGUCAAGCGUCUCUAAAAUGUGGAAGCAUUUAAUAAUUUUAUUUACUAUAGGAUUUGGUGUGUCUUUAGGCACUCACUUUAGAGGAGCGAUUAUUAUGUGGGAGCCAGAUGACACUGGAAUGGCGAUCAAAGUUCACUUCAGAAUAUCUUGGAGAAGAUCGUAUUCGUCACAUUAUUAUUGUGACGACACCAUCAUCAGUAACAGGACACUCAUCGGCACCGACUCCAUGACGUGUUUCUCAGGCUGUACAGGCAAUGUCGGAUCAUUGCAGUUUUUGUGUACUGAUUAUAAUACUGGCAACGACGACUGGACUACAGGCAGGAAUACAAUAACGUAUACUCCAGGAGUUACAGCGUUUACAUUUGGAUACACAGGUUGCUGCUGGAUUUCGACUCUCGUGUAUGGUAAGGAUAGCAGCUGGCAGUUUCAGGCCACGGUGGACAUGAGUGUCCGGAACGACACAGAGCUCAUCAAUCGCUCUCCUACCGUCGAGAUGGCGCCAAUAGUUGUCCUCCUGUCAGGAUGUACCUACACUAUUCAGUUGCCAGUUGGCGAUGUAGAUGGGGACAUCGUCAGGUGCAGAUGGGCGUCAACUACCAAUGAAUGCGCUGGAGUUUGCAAUGCAAUUCCUGGCGCGACAAUCAAUCAGACUCAGUGCUCCAUUACCUACUCGGCCUACACUGUCGGAUACUACGCGGUGGCAGUCCAGAUAGAAGACUUCAGAAGCCAGAUCAGCACUAUACCUCUCAGCAGCAUACCUCUCCAGUUCUUGGUUCACGUGAUUUCAUGUACAAACUGCACGUGUGACAGCGCCCCGGAGUUCGUCAGUCCAACACCGAGGUCGGACGAAUGUUACGCUAUCAAAGUGGGGGAUCAGUUUCAAGUGUCCAUCACAGCGAGGAGUAAAUACAUCCUGCGAAGUGUGACGACGAUUACCGCUAUCGGGAUGAGGCGGUCCACGGCUACGCAGUCCACUGACGGUACGUGGAACUACAUUUUUGUGAACAUCACAUGGGCGCCAACGGCGUCUGACGGUGGACGGGACCACAGCCUCUGCUUCUACGCAACCGACAACAACAUUGGAAUAAGCAGCAUUGCACAGUGCAUUCGAAUAGCUGUGUCCGUUCCAGGGCCCAUUCCUCUACGAGUGGAACGCGUAGCGCUUACAAAUCUGUGGGUUAUUGUCAUUGAUAAGUCGUUCAAAAGACCGAACGCAUCAGCUUUCAUAGAGGUCUACCAGACAUCAACUGACACAUUGGUCGAGAGCGUUGAUGUCGCGACAUCCAGUGACGUCGUGUAUGACGUUAACUACAGACGUAUCAACGUAACACUUAGUUACCCAUACGAUAUAGACACACACUACCACGUGAUUCUGCCACCAGGACUCGUGGAAGGUUACGUCAGUUGCGGAGCUCUGUCGGUUGCCAUUAACAACACAUCGUUUUGGAAAAUAGAAUUAGACUGUGGACCGUUGACGCUUGGUAAUGGGUCAGUGUUGGCACCAAACGGUACUGCAUACCCGGCAAGUAUCAACUACGUGUGCAAUCCUGGGUUUGAUUUAAUGAGAAACAAUACCCGCACCUGUCAGGCUAACAGAACAUGGACCGGAUAUGAUCCAUUCUGUCAGAUAAGGGAUUGUGGUACAUUUCAACUUCCCUUUAACGGCCAUGUAUCAACGAGAUCCACAGUGUACAACACUACCGUUCUUUUCACCUGUGACACUGGUUACACUAUAAACGGAUCAUCAACAAUGUACUGUAACGCGUCGGGAACUUGGUCUGACGUUGCACCAGUUUGCAAUAUUGUCAACUGCGGUUCGCCCCCACCAUUAUUGGACGGCUUUGUGUCCACGCCAAAUGGUACCACGUUCAUGGAGCAAGCUUACUAUUCAUGUAAACCAGGGUUUGACUUAAUUGGCCAGCAAUCUAGAAUGUGUCAGGCUAAUUCCAUUUGGACGUUGAUCAACACAUCGUGUGUUCCGAAAGAUUGUGGCCCUAUUAACAGUCCUGCCAAUGGCAACAUAAAUCUUAAUGGUACGACCUUUGGUAACAUUAUUUCGUACACGUGCAUCUUUGGUCACGCGCUCAUUGGGGACAAGUCACGCGUAUGCCUUGCCAGUGGAGUGUGGAGUGGUAGCGAUCCUGUCUGCACUUUGAAAGAUUGCGGCUCACUACCUGCACCGUCCCAUGGCUCAGUGUUCGUUCCGGUGACACUUUACGGAUCAUACGCCGUGUACGAAUGCGUCCGCGGCUACCAUAUUGACGGAAUAAGCACGAGAAAAUGUGAAGCUGAUGGAAAGUGGACCUUGCCUAUUCCGACGUGUACUUUAACAGACUGUGGUCACUUGACUUCCCCCACCCAUGGCUCAGUGAGUUUCAACUCCACUCUACUGGACGACUGCGCCGUAUUCUCAUGUCAUACAGGGUAUGACGUAAUUGGAAAUGAAGUCGUCUGCUGUCAGAAAAAUGGUACAUGGACCAGUUCCAAAACUUUUUGUUCUCUUAAAGACUGUGGAACACCGAACCAGCCCGCGAACGGACGGAUGACAGUCAAUGCCACAACUUACCUGGGAACGACCGUAUUCUCGUGCAAUCUGGGUUAUAGUCUAAUAGGCAGUCAGAUAUUGUUGUGUCAGGCUAAUGGGACAUGGAAUGCUCUCGAACCAGUCUGUCAAAUCAGAGACUGUGGAUCCUUGCUGGCACCAGAAAGUGGAAGUGUUUCAUACACAAGUUCUAUAUACCAGUCCGUAGCAAGGUACGAUUGUAACACAGGAUACGCUAUGGUAGGCAAUGGAACACGAUUCUGCCUGAGCGAUGCCACGUGGAGUGGACAGCCACCCUUUUGUCAAAUUAAAGAUUGCCGAAUACCUCCGAUUCUACUAAACGGUACUGCCGCUUUCAGCAACACAACGUUUGGAUCAACUGUCCUGUACACAUGCGAUGCAGGGUUUGACCUCAUCGGAAACAAUGUGUCUGAAUGUUUGGAAUUCGGGAACUGGAGCAGUCCACACACAUGGUGUCGAAUCAAAGACUGCGGAAGCUUACCCCCUCCACUGAAUGGCGUGGCGACUAUCGGACUCACAGUGUUUGGCAGCACAACAACCUAUUCCUGUGAGGUUGGCUACGACCUCAUGGGAAGCUCUGCUCUUCUCUGUGAAGCUAACGGCAGAUGGAAUGCUUCGGUACCCACAUGUAAAAUACGUGAAUGCUCUCACUUAAGCAACCCACCGGAUGGAAAUAUGACGUUUACAAGUAUAACUUACAGAUCCGUGGCGACGUAUACAUGCAACAUUGGUUUUGAUCUGAUUGGAGUUUCAACACGUGAAUGUCUCAAUAACAGAUCAUGGAGCCAAGAAAUCCCUUUCUGCAAAAUUAAAGACUGCGGUCCCCCACAUAUUCCCAGCCACGGUUCCGUGUUAGGCAACCUGACCACGUACGGGGCGUUAAGCCAGUAUUCCUGUAACAAUGGAUAUGAUCUGGUUGGAAGCAGCAUGUCCACGUGUACUCAAUUCGGCAACUGGAGUGCACCGGACAUAUUUUGCCAAAUAAAAGACUGUGGGCCGCUAACAGGUCUUAAUAACGGUCACGUCUCAUACGUCAACACGACGUACACAGAACUUGCCUUCUAUAUCUGUGAUACCGGAUAUGACAUGAUUGGUAACGCGACUCGAGUUUGUCAGGCGACUGGAACAUGGUCUGGAUCGCCACCGUCAUGCCGUAUCAAAGAUUGUGGUCAACUUCCGCCGCCACAAAAUGGCUAUGUGUAUCAACCAUUAACAACAUACGGCGCGUUCGCUCUGUUUAUAUGUAACAGAGGCUACCACAUUAUGCCGCCCUUCAUGAUCACGAGGUUUUGUCAGGCUGAUGGUACAUGGGCAUCUGCGAGCCCUUCUUGUCAACUUACCGACUGCGGUAAUCUUACAUCGCCGGUUAACGGAAAGGUAACACAUAACGGCACUCUGUUGGACAACUGCGCUGCUUACUCGUGUAACACCGGAUAUGACAUCAUUGGGCGAACGAACGUCUGCUGUCACGAAAAUGCCACAUGGACAAGCCAAAACACAACUUGCCGUUUAAAGGACUGUGGACCACUAAUCCGCCCUGUUAAUGGGCAUAUGACAAUCAAAGCCACAACUUUCUUGAGCGUGUCUGAAUUCACUUGCGACGAGGGUUAUGAUCUGAUUGGAAGUGAAAGCUUGGUUUGCAGGACAGAUGGAACAUGGAAUGACACAGAACCAACAUGUAGAAUAAGAGAUUGUGGAUCCUUGCUCGCACCAGCCAGUGGCACUGUUGUUUAUGCAAGGUCUACAUACGGAUCCGUAGCUAUAUACCAGUGUAACACAGGCCACGAUAUGGUAGGCAAUGGAACACGUGACUGCCUGAGCAAUGCCACAUGGAGUGGACAGCCCCCCGUUUGUCAAAUUAAAGAUUGCCAAAUACCUCAUAUUCCAUUGAAUGGCACUGCCGCUUUCAGCAACACAACCUUUGGAUCAUCUGUCCUGUACACGUGCGAUGCUGGUUUUGAUCUCAUUGGAAACAACGUGUCAGAAUGUUUGGAAUUUGGAAACUGGAGUAGUCUACAUUCACACUGUCAAAUCAAAAACUGCGGAAGCGUACCUCCUCCUCUUAAUGGCGUGACGACUAUCGGACCCACAGUGUUUGGAAGCUUAAUUAUCUGCACGUGUGAUAUUGGUUACGACCUUGUUGGAAGCUCUGCUCUUUUCUGUGAAGCCAACGGCAGAUGGAAUGCUUCGGCACCCACGUGUAGAAUACGUGAAUGCUCCUAUUUAAUCCAUCCAACCAAUGGUCAGGUUAUAUUCAUCAAUAUCACAUUUGCAUCAAUGGCGACGUACAUAUGCAACAUUGGUUUUGAACUGAUUGGUGUUUCAACACGUGAAUGUCUCAGCAACACAUCCUGGAGCGAUGAAGAGCCUGUCUGCAAAAUUAAGGAUUGCGGUCCCCCACAUAUUCCCAGCAAUGGUAACGUGUCAGGCAAUCUGACCACGUACGGUUCGUUAAGCCACUAUUCCUGUAACACUGGAUAUGAUCUGGUUAGAGGCAAUAUGUCCACGUGUACGCAAUACGGAAACUGGAGCGCACCCGACAUAUUUUGCCAAAUAAAAGAUUGCGGACCGCUCAUAAGCCCCCAAAAAUGUCACGUUUCUUACGUCAACACGACGUACACAGAACGCGCCUAUUUCAGCGCUGAAACCGGAUAUUACAUAAUUGGUAACGCGACAAGAGUUUGUCAGGCGAAUGGAACAUGGUCCGGAAUACCACCGUCAUGUCAUAUCAAAGAUUGUGGCGGUUUGCCUGCGCCACUGAAUGGAAAGGUGAUCCAACCUUUGACGACAUACGGCUCCUACGCUCUGUUCGUGUGUGACGAGGGCUACCACAUCGUGCCUGACCGCAUGAACAAUCGCCAAUGUCUGGCGAACGGGACAUGGGGAUCCGUGAACCCUAGCUGCAAGCUAACAGACUGCGGACCACUGCCGACUCCACAACACGGACACGUGUUCUUUAACUCCACCCUGUAUGGCGCGCUGGCGUCUGUGUCGUGUGAUGUGGGUUACGAUAUGGCCGGCCCCGAAACUGUGACUUGCACAACAUUCGAGCAAUGGUCAUAUGUGUCUCAUUCUUGCACCAUAAAAGAUUGUGGUCCCAUUGAAAGACCUUCUAAUGGCCGCUUUUUGGGUAAUGGCACGACCUAUGAUUCAUUCGGAAUGUUCAUAUGCUAUGAAGGUUACACUUUAGUUGGGGAUUCUUCCAUGUUUUGUCAAGAAACGGGCUAUUGGAACGGAACUACUCCUGUAUGUCAAAUAAAAGAAUGUCAGGUUCCUGUUGCACCAAGCAAUGGCAACGUCGACUAUAUCUCGGUUCAUUUCGGCUCCAUGGUAACAUACCGAUGUCUAGCUGGGUACACGCUAGUGGGUGAUGUUUCCAGGACAUGCGGAGCGCACGCCACGUGGACCGGAGAAACACCAUCUUGUGUUAUAAAAGAUUGUGGAAGUCCAGUGCAUGUGUUGAACAGUUUAAUGGUGUUCAAUUCGACGACCUACCUAUCACAGGCCCACAUCGCCUGUCUCGAGGGGUUCGACCUCGUUGGGAGCAAGUUGGUUGUCUGUACACAAGAUGGCAUUUGGAAUGACUCAAACAUUUCUUGCCGUAUAAAAGACUGCGGUCAGCCAUCGACUCCAAAGCACGGAUACGCAGCCUACAACGACACGAUAUUCGGUAGUCAAAUUGAAGUAAAAUGUAACACUGGAUACGAAAUAUCGUCUACAACUUUUGGCGAAUGUGAUUACAAUGGCAAUUGGAGUUACAUCUCUCCAGUUUGCACAAUUAAAGAUUGUGAGCAACUGUCUGAUAUCGACCACGGAAUUGUGACGUUUACCAAGACUACAUUCGGCGAGACAGCGAACUACAGUUGCAACGACGGAUAUGAACUGAACGGCGCGACUACCAGACAUUGUAAUGCCAGCGGGAUGUGGAGCGGUGAUAAACCAGUCUGCGUCAUCGCAGAUUGCUUUCCACUUGUUUUGCCGGUUAAUGGUCAGGCUAAUGGAAACAACAGACAGUUUGGAGGCGUGGUGGUUUUCACGUGUGACACGGGAUACACGCUUGUUGGCGAAAUGUACACUUAUUGCCAAGCAAACAAAACUUGGAGCAACCCAACACCUAAAUGUGAAAUAAUGGACUGCGGACAGCCACUGGCACCAAUCAAUGGAUACGCAGUCUACAACAGCACCACAUUCGGGAGUCAGAUUGCAGUAAAAUGUAACACUGGCUACGAAAUAUCGUCUUCGACCAUUGGCGAAUGCGAUUACACGGGCAAUUGGAGUUACAACUCUCCAGUUUGCACAAUUAAAGACUGCGGUGACAUUUCUCUUCGCACGGUGGGAAAUAUUUCAUACAAUGGCACCACUUACGGACAAGCUGCUGUAAUUACUUGUCCGUUAGGCUAUGAUGCGAAACACGAGGUCAUUAUGUGCACCAAACAGUCAACAUGGAACGGCACGGCUGAAUGUAUAAUAAAAGAUUGUGGCCGUUUGUCCUCACCGCCCAAUGGUGCUCUUGAAUUGAAUGCCAGCACAUAUGGCAGCCUUGCAAGUACAUCGUGCAAUGUCGGGUAUGACCUUGUAGGAGUGCCCACACUAUCUUGUACAUCUAAUGGACAGUGGUCGAACACGUUGGCAAUUUGUGUAAUCAAAGAUUGUGGCGUCAUACAAGCGAUUGGCCAUGGAUCUGUGAUAUUCAAUACAACGACGUUCGAAUCAAAGAUGUCAUUCCUGUGUGAUGAGGGUUUCCUUCUAGUUGGACAACAAGAAGUUAGAUGCACUGAACACGGACACUGGAGUUCAGUAAUGCCCUUUUGCAAACAAGCUGAUUGCGGUAAGCCAGUCGCGGUGGCCAACUCGGUGUACGAGACUAAUGGCACAACAUACGGUUCAUUUGUGCGGUACAGCUGUAACGCUGGGUAUCGUCUUGUUGGAGAACCCGUGUCAUCCUGCUUCUUGAACGAGAAGUGGAGCCAAACGCCCAUAUGUACAAUACUGGAGUGUGGACCACUGGAGGUUCCCGAUUCAGGGAAUGCCACAGUUUCGUCUACAACUUUUGGCUCCAGUGCAAUCUACUGGUGUAAUAAAGGAUAUCAUCUUGUUGGGAACCAACUAAGAACUUGCUUGCAAAAUGGAACCUGGUCUGGUGACAAACCUUCGUGCAUUCCUAAAGACUGUGGGCGUCUAUUUGAUCCUGCAAACGGCAAGGUAUUCUUCAAUAACACCACUUUUGGAGCGAAAGCCGUAUUUUCGUGUCAAGAGGGAUACGUCAUGUCGGGUACAGACUUGGUGACAUGUAUGGCAAAUGGUUCAUGGAGCAUCCCAUUUCCAGACUGCAGCAUCGCAGAUUGUGGUAACCUUACUGCGCCUGAUCACGGCACGCUAUAUAUGAAUUCCACAGUUUACGGAUCACAUGCACACGUUGGGUGCAAUGACGGUUACACCUUGAACGGACCGGAGCUUAUAGCUUGCUCUGACAAUGGCACAUGGAAUCAUUCAAUGGUUUCGUGUUCUGCUCGCGAUUGCGGUGAAGUGGAUGAACCCAUCAACGGCGCGAAGGUGACUCCGUAUUCUACUCUGUUUGACUCGACCAUUGGAUUUGUUUGCAACGAGGGAUACGUCUUAACUGGAAAUGAACAGCUGUAUUGUACUAAAGAAGGCGUCUGGAAUGGCGGACCUCCUACAUGUGAAGUGCAAGCUUACCACGCAGCAAAGAUAGGUGGCGCUGUGGGAGGCACAAUGGGCGUUCUUCUGCUGUUCACCGUUGGGGUGAUCGUCUAUCUUGUUCGUGGCAACUUAAACAGGCCUUCCUUGGACUUUGAAGGCAUUUCUCGCAAAGGCAGCGUUAUGGUUGAGGCUCCAUUCCAAGAGCAAGGGACUAGACAAAGCCUCUUUAGGUCAUCUGUCAACACUACACCUAGUAGCGUCUACCGACCGGCAAAAAUGUGGCAAACUGGGUAUCAAAUACCAAUGCAAACUUAUUGAGAUGUCAAGAGGCACGAUGUGCGAAAAGACAACUUAACAUACUAUUUAGCAUCACCUUUCUAUUGUUACCUUUUGGUGUGAGAACUGUUUCCUUGUUUAACGCUUUAUUUAACUUCAUUUGAAGUUCGAAAUAUGUUUUAAUAAUUUUUGGGAUGUUGUUAUCGACAUUAUUUAUUAAACUUUGUCUUUUUACUUA